AUGGGAGGGGCAAUGGCUGGCGACCCGCCCCUCUUAACUUCUGAGGCUUUGUCCGGUAACAGCAGUGAGGUUUUCAAGCGGGUGUUAGUUAGAUGCGGAUUCAAACCUGCGGUGCGCGCCGCCGGGUCGCCCGAGCGCCGGCUUCUGGUUAAGUGGAGGCGGGAGCGGCACUGCGGCCCUGCGCUGCAGCUCCGGGCGUUCGUCUCCUGGCCUGGCCACACACACGCACCACCGAAGUCCGUCCGCCCCCCCCCCCCCCCCCGAACUCAGCCAGGCCGUGAAGUCACGGGCCAGGUGCGCCCAGGCCCACGGCUGACCCCGAAGCCUGCCCUCAGGUCUCAAGCAGGCCGCGCUCCUCCCGGCGCCGGCGGCGCACGAGUCUCCCCGCAGCCCACACGCCCGGAGCCGCGAGGCAGGCCUGAGGACCGGGUCGUGCGGUGGGCUGCGGCUCGGCCGAGGUUGCGACCAGAGCCGGAGCCAGCCCAGAAAGAGGGGAAGCCGGAGGACAAGAGCCCCAAAGGCCGCCCCAGCCCGGCCUGCAGGGCCGAGGGGGGCCCAGAGGGCGGCGCCAGCCUGGAGAGCCACUUGGACCACGGGCCCCGGGGACAGAGAUGGGAGUGCUCUUCCCAGCUAACUCCGAUCGGGCCAUCGAGACUUAGAAACCGCAGCCCUGAAAACUCGCGGUGGACAAGGUCUAGUGCCCCCUCGCCCGCACCUCGGCGCCAAGUCCUCGGAGUCCCGUGCGGGCCUCCCGGGCUGAGGGUGGCCAGAGCCGCAAGAAAGGCGAGAUUAGAGGGAAGAGAUGGGAGGGGAGGUGGAGGAAACUGA